AUGGUAAAGUUGUGGGAGUGUGUGUUGAUUCAAGUAACUGAAUUACGUAACUAGCUAGAAAGUCUGGAUUAUACAGGUGUGUGUGUGUGUGUGUGUGUGUGUGUGUGUGUGUGUGUGUGUGUGAGAGGUAAAGUGGGUGCAGCUGGACUUCACCUGCAUGCACUCACCUGUAUUCUAGAAUACAUAUUCGUCUAAGGACUCUCUCCCUCUCUCUCUCCCUCGACAUUUACAUUCUGACUCUUUCUCCCUCAGACAUCAUCUAAGAUGGGCGACAACAACCCAGUGAAGCAGGGAGUGGAGACCUUUGACAAGAAGUGUCUGAAGAAGACCAGUACGGCUGAGAAGAACACUCUGCCAACCAAGGAGGGUACGUUUCUCCUACCCAAUCUCCAUUUCUGACUCCUACCCAGUCUCCUUCUUUCCUGUCCUGCCUCUUAAGCUGUCUCCUCCGCUUAUUGCUCAUACUCCUACCCCACCCUGUACCUGUCUCCCUCUCCGUUUGCAGUAGUUACCCUGUACCUGUCUCCCUCUCCGUUUGCAGAGUUACCCUGUACCUGUCUCCCUCUCCGUUUGCAGUAGUUACCCUGUACCUGUCUCCCUCUCCGUUUGCAGUAGUUACCCUGUACCUGUCUCCCUCUCCGUUUGCAGUAGUUACCCUGUACCUGUCUCCCUCUCCGUUUGCAGUAGUUACCAUGUACCUGUCUCCCUCUCCGUUUGCAGUAGUUACCCUGUACCUGUCUCCCUCUCCGUUUGCAGUAGUUACCCUGUACCUGUCUCCCUCUCCGUUUGCAGUAGUUACCCUGUACCUGUCUCCCUCUCCGUUUGCAGUAGUUACCCUGUACCUGUCUCCCUCUCCGUUUGCAGUAGUUACCCUGUACCUGUCUCCCUCUCCGUUUGCAGUAGCUAAGUGCCUCCCACUCUAUUGUACCAAGAGAAGACGGCAACACUGCACUAGCAUGAUAUAGGCCUAUUACUGAUUAACCGAGAGCCUGGUACACCUGAGGGCAACAGUAAGAGGUCUUGUCCUUGUUCAACCUAAUGCCUUUGGCUGGCCAGGAGGAAAAAGUGAUAAAAUACACGUGCCGUCCUAAUGUAGUGUUAGCAGUGUGUUAGUGCCCUUCUACUGUAGUGUUAGUAAUGUGUUAGUGCCCUUCUACUGUAGUGUUAGCAGUGUGUUAGUGCCCUUCUACUGUAGUGUUAGUAAUGUGUUAGUGCCCUUCUACUGUAGUGUUAGUAAUGUGUUAGUGCCCUUCUACUGUAGUGUUACUAAUGUGUUAGUGCCCUUCUACUGUAGUGUUAGCAGUGUGUUAGUGCCCUUCUACUGUAGUGUUAGUAAUGUGUUAGUGCCCUUCUACUGUAGUGUUAGUAAUGUGUUAGUGCCCUUCUACUGUAGUGUUAGUAGUGUGUUAGUGCCCUUCUACUGUAGUGUUAGUAAUGUGUUAGUGCCCUUCUACUGUAGUGUUAGCAGUGUGUUAGUGCCCUUCUACUGUAGUGUUAGUAGUGUGUUAGUACCCUUCUACUGUAGUGUUAGCAGUGUGUUAGUGCCCUUCUACUGUAGUGUUAGCAGUGUGUUAGUGCCCUUCUACUGUAGUGUUAGUAAUGUGUUAGUGCCCUUCUACUGUAGUGUUAGUAAUGUGUUAGUGCCCUUCUACUGUAGUGUUAGCAGUGUGUUAGUGCCCUUCUACUGUAGUGUUAGCAGUGUGUUAGUGCCCUUCUACUGUAGUGUUAGUAGUGUGUUAGUACCCUUCUACUGUAGUGUUAGCAGUGUGUUAGUGCCCUUCUACUGUAGUGUUAGUAAUGUGUAGUUUCUCUUCAUUUGACUGUAUGUAAAGUAGAGGGUAAAUCUUCACAUGAGCAUCCAGGAACAGUACAACACUGUCGAGAAGAACAGUUACCGUAGGUUACAUUUUUACAGUUACGCCCAAUGCAUUCCAGUUAUCAAGUACACACUUGUCUGACUGCUAUCCAGCUGCUUUGCAGAACCGUGCUGCUCUUUUAGUGGCUCCGUGGCCUGGGGGCCAUCAGCUAUUACUGUGGUAUUGAUAACAUUAUGCUGAGUAGUCAUAUAAAACUGGGCUUUAUGGGCCUGUGCAUUGAGCUUUGCAGUCCAGCCGCAGUGGAGAGGCAAUCUUAGUGCAGUUAGGGGGGGGGAGAGGCUACCUUUUGGUGCAGAAAGGGUGUGGACUAAAGAGGGUUUAGUGCAGUCAGAGAUGGUGUGUAGAGGCAGCUUUUUAGUGCAGACCUAGAGAGGCCGUAGUUCAGACAGGGUGGACUAGACUGAAGCCUUAGUUCAGACAGGGUGGACUAGACUGAAGCCUUAGUUCAGACAGGGUGGACUAGACUGAAGCCUUAGUUCAGACAGGGUGGACUAGACUGAAGCCUUAGUUCAGACAGGGUGGACUAGACUGAAGCCUUAGUUCAGACAGGGUGGACUAGACUGAAGCCUUAGUUCAGACAGGGUGGACUAGACUGAAGCCUUAGUUCAGACAGGGUGGACUAGACUGAAGCCUUAGUUCAGACAGGGUGGACUAGACUGAAGCCUUAGUUCAGACAGGGUGGACUAGACUGAAGCCUUUGCUCAGAGGGAGUGAUGUGAGAGAGGAGCAGGAAGAGGGGAGUUGAGCUCUCACCAUGUUAGCAGCCUUAUCAACAUGAACUGAUCCUCAGCCCUCUCCUCCAUCAGUGUCUUAGAUACUCCCUGAUUCCUCCUUUCUCUGACUGCAUCCCAAAUGGCACCCUUAUCCCUACAUAGUGCCCGGCUCUGGUCAAAAGUAGAGCACUUUAUAGGGAAUAUGGUGCCAUUUGGGAUGCAGACUCUUAUCUAUCCUGACCCAAUCCUAACCUGAGAGACCGCAUGCCCACAUCUCCAACUUCAUCAAUCAUGCAUUGAAGUCAGUGGAAGGGAGAUGAUUUGGGUGGAUAUUAAAGGUACAAUGCAGCCAUUUAAAAAAAUCUCAAUAUCAAACCAUUUCUGGUUAACCAUUAAGUACCUUACUCUGAUUGUUUUCAGUUAAAAUUGUCAAAAAGAAACAAAAAUAGCUUCUUAGCAAAGAGCAAUUUCUCAAGCAAGAUUUUUGCUAGUUUUGAGUGGGGAGCGGAAAACUGAAAAUGAGCUGUUAUUGGCAGAGAGGUUUGGAAAUCUCUUUCUUAUUGGUCUAUUAACUAAUUUACCGCCUGGUGAUGUCACUAUGGAAGGCCAUAACUCCUCCCACCAAAACAGGCUGAAAUUUCAGGUGGUCUUUUCAAACAGCUCUUACACUAAAAGGGCAUUAUCAUAAUUUUCACAAUUUCACAAUAUUAUUCCAACCUCAUAGUGUGCAAAUGUAUGUCACUUGUUUGUAAGUAGCAGUGUGUGGUUAGAGGUGUGAUUUGGGUAGAUAUUAAAGUUACUCUCUGUAAGUAGCAGUGUGGUUAGAGGUGUGAUUUGGGUAGAUAUUAAAGUUACUCUCUGUAAGUAGCAGUGUGGUUAGAGGUGUGAUUUGGGUAGAUAUUAAAGUUACUCUCUGUAAGUAGCAGUGUGGUUAGAGGUGUGAUUUGGGUAGAUAUUAAAGUUACUCUCUGUAAGUAGCAGUGUGUGGUUAGAGGUGUGAUUUGGGUAGAUAUUAAAGUUACUCUCUGUAAGUAGCAGUGUGUGGUUAGAGGUGUGAUUUGGGUAGAUAUUAAAGUUACUCUCUGUAAGUAGCAGUGUGGUUAGAGGUGUGAUUUGGGUAGAUAUUAAAGUUACUCUCUGUAAGUAGCAGUGUGUGGUUAGAGGUGUGAUUUGGGUAGAUAUUAAAGUUACUCUCUGUAAGUAGCAGUGUGGUUAGAGGUGUGAUUUGGGUAGAUAUUAAAGUUACUCUCUGUAAGUAGCAGUGUGGUUAGAGGUGUGAUUUGGGUAGAUAUUAAAGUUACUCUCUGUAAGUAGCAGUGUGGUUAGAGGUGUGAUUUGGGUAGAUAUUAAAGUUACUCUCUGUAAGUAGCAGUGUGGUUAGAGGUGUGAUUUGGGUAGAUAUUAAAGUUACUCUCUGUAAGUAGCAGUGUGGUUAAAGGUGUGAUUUGGGUAGAUAUUAAAGUUACUCUCUGUAAGUAGCAGUGUGGUUAGAGGUGUGACUUGGGUAGAUAUUAAAGUUACUCUCUGUAAGUAGCAGUGUGGUUAGAGGUGUGAUUUGGGUAGAUAUUAAAGUUACUCUCUGUAAGUAGCAGUGUGGUUAGAGGUGUGAUUUGGGUAGAUAUUAAAGUUACUCUCUGUAAGUAGCAGUGUGGUUAGAGGUGUGAUUUGGGUAGAUAUUAAAGUUACUCUCUGUAAGUAGCAGUGUGUGGUUAGAGGUGUGAUUUGGGUAGAUAUUAAAGUUACUCUCUGUAAGUAGCAGUGUGUGGUUAGAGGUGUGAUUUGGGUAGAUAUUAAAGUUACUCUCUGUAAGUAGCAGUGUGGUUAGAGGUGUGAUUUGGGUAGAUAUUAAAGUUACUCUCUGUAAGUAGCAGUGUGUGGUUAGAGGUGUGAUUUGGGUAGAUAUUAAAGUUACUCUCUGUAAGUAGCAGUGUGGUUAGAGGUGUGAUUUGGGUAGAUAUUAAAGUUACUCUCUGUAAGUAGCAGUGUGGUUAGAGGUGUGAUUUGGGUAGAUAUUAAAGUUACUCUCUGUAAGUAGCAGUGUGGUUAGAGGUGUGAUUUGGGUAGAUAUUAAAGUUACUCUCUGUAAGUAGCAGUGUGGUUAGAGGUGUGAUUUGGGUAGAUAUUAAAGUUACUCUCUGUAAGUAGCAGUGUGGUUAAAGGUGUGAUUUGGGUAGAUAUUAAAGUUACUCUCUGUAAGUAGCAGUGUGGUUAGAGGUGUGACUUGGGUAGAUAUUAAAGUUACUCUCUGUAAGUAGCAGUGUGGUUAGAGGUGUGAUUUGGGUAGAUAUUAAAGUUACUCUCUGUAAGUAGCAGUGUGGUUAGAGGUGUGAUUUGGGUAGAUAUUAAAGUUACUCUCUGUAAGUAGCAGUGUGGUUAGAGGUGUGACUUGGGUAGAUAUUAAGUUACUCUCUGUAAGUAGCAGUGUGGUUAGAGGUGUGAUUUGGGUAGAUAUUAAAGUUACUCUCUGUAAGUAGCAGUGUGUGGUUAGAGGUGUGACUUGGGUAGAUAUUAAAGUUACUCUCUGUAAGUAGUAGUGUGGUUAGAGGUGUGACUUGGGUAGAUAUUAAAGUUACUCUCUGUAAGUAGCAGUGUGUGGUUAGAGGUGUGAUUUGGGUAGAUAUUAAAGUUACUCUCUGUAAGUAGCAGUGUGGUUAGAGGUGUGACUUGGGUAGAUAUUAAAGUUACUCUCUGUAAGUAGCAGUGUGGUUAGAGGUGUGACUUGGGUAGAUAUUAAAGUUACUCUCUGUAAGUAGCAGUGUGGUUAGAGGUGUGAUUUGGGUAGAUAUUAAAGUUACUCUCUGUAAGUAGCAGUGUGUGGUUAGAGGUGUGACUUGGGUAGAUAUUAAAGUUACUCUCUGUAAGUAGCAGUGUGUGGUUAGAGGUGUGACUUGGGUAGAUAUUAAAGUUACUCUCUGUAAGUAGCAGUGUGGUUAGAGGUGUGACUUGGGUAGAUAUUAAAGUUACUCUCUGUAAGUAGCAGUGUGGUUAGAGGUGUGACUUGGGUAGAUAUUAAAGUUACUCUCUGUAAGUAGCAGUGUGGUUAGAGGUGUGACUUGGGUAGAUAUUAAAGUUACUCUCUGUAAGUAGCAGUGUGUGGUUAGAGGUGUGACUUGGGUAGAUAUUAAAGUUACUCUCUGUAAGUAGCAGUGUGGUUAGAGGUGUGACUUGGGUAGAUAUUAAAGUUACUCUCUGUAAGUAGCAGUGUUCACUGCUCUAGAAACAUCAGCUGCAAUAACCCCCACCCCAGGACAGAGAACACUGCAAUGCAGGGAGGAACCUCUAGUAUAGAAAUGUAGAACCCCAAUUGAAGUAGGUUAGUUAUUCUUUCUAAUUUUCAGUUCUCUAUUUGCCAGGUAUUUAUGUCAGUAUUACAUGCUAAUAAUAUUAAAAUUACAUGACAAUUACUCUGUUACCAUUUUCUAUUAUGUAGUCUUCCAUUUUAUUUCUUAACGCACAAUUUCCCCAUAAAUCCCUGGCACAUACCAACUUAGACAGGGCUGUACAGUGCAGUAUUACCAGCAGAUAUACCAUAUAGCUUCACUCACACCUCACACAGCUUCACACACCUCUUGAAGAUUUACAGUAGAAACCAGACGAGAGGGUUGUUGAUAGCAGGGUUUACAGUAGAAAUCUGACGAGAGGGUUGUUGAUAGCAGGGUUUACAGUAGAAAUCUGACGAGAGGGUUGUUGAUAGCAGGGUUUACAGUAGAAAUCUGACGAGAGGGUUGUUGAUAGCAGGAUUUACAGUAGAAACCUGACGAGAGGGUUGUUGAUAGCAUGAUUUACAGUAGAAAUCUGACGAGAGGGUUGUUGAUAGCAGGGUUUACAGUAGAAACCUGACGAGAGGGUUGUUGAUAGCAGGGUUUACAGUAGAAACCUGACGAGAGGGUUGUUGAUAGCAGGGUUUACAGUAGAAACCUGACGAGAGGGUUGUUGAUAGCAGGGUUUACAGUAGAAACCGGACGAGAGGGUUGUUGAUAGCAGGGUUUACAGUAGAAACCUGACGAGAGGGUUGUUGAUAGCAGGGUUUACAGUAGAAACCGGACGAGAGGGUUGUUGAUAGCAGGGUUUACAGUAGAAAUCUGACGAGAGGGUUGUUGAUAGCAGGGUUUACAGUAGAAACCUGACGAGAGGGUUGUUGAUAGCAGGGUUUACAGUAGAAACCUGACGAGAGGGUUGUUGAUAGCAGGGUUUACAGUAGAAACCUGACGAGAGGGUUGUUGAUAGCAGGGUUUACAGUAGAAAUCUGACGAGAGGGUUGUUGAUAGCAGGGUUUACAGUAGAAAUCUGACGAGAGGGUUGUUGAUAGCAGGGUUUACAGUAGAAACCUGACGAGAGGGUUGUUGAUAGCAGGGUUUACAGUAGAAACCUGACGAGAGGGUUGUUGAUAGUAGGGUUUACAGUAGAAACCUGACGAGAGGGAUGUUGAUAGCAGGGUUUACAGUAGAAACCUGACGAGAGGGUUGUUGAUAGCAGGAUAAAAGACUAUUGACUGGCGGUUCUGCCAGCCAGGCUGAUAACGAGCCAAUGACAGGAGAGGAUCCAUCUGUCUCAGAAGCUGCCUCUCAGCCAGCCCUCCUCCUCCUGAGAGUGGAUUCAUCCUGCCUUUUAUUGCCCAGCGACAGCUCAUGAUUUUAACGUUCAGUAUGAUGAUGUACUGCCAUUUUAUGAUACAGUAUCUUCCAUUUUGGAUGGGUUGUGUUGUGUCCUGUUUUGAGUGUUUUGAAAUAGAUGAGGUGAUUAACAAAUAUAUAUGAUAGUUUGAUUACUCAAUAUGCCAGGUAUCCAUCACCACAGUGUUCAAGACAUAGACUAAUCACUAAGUUUCUCUCUCUCCCCCUCCCUCGCUCUCUCUUCCUCUCACAGAUAUCGAGCAGGAGAAGAAAGCUGAAGAUGGCUCCAAAUGA